AUACGUGACAGUGACAGUGAGUGACACAUUUUCGUUGUUGAACUUUUGUUAAAGAAAUAAAGAAACAUAAAAGUAGAAAAGGAAAUAAAGAAUGACUGAUAAUGAUAAAGUAAUAGUAGAAUAUGAUUACAUGGCCAAAGAACCAGAUGAAUUAACAAUAAGAAAAGGUGACAUUAUUACCGAUGUUGUGAAAAAGCAGGGAGGUUGGUGGGAAGGUGUACUUAAAGACAAGAAAGGGAUGUUUCCCGAUAAUUUUGUCCGUCCUUUAGACAAAGAUUCAUCCGUAGUGUUACGAAAUCAGAAAGACGUAACCAGAAUUCGUCAAUGUAGAGUUAUCUUUUCAUACAACCAGGAUCAUGAGGAUGAAUUGAACUUGAAAGUAGGGGAUGUUAUUGAUAUAGUUGGCGAGGAAGAAGAAGGUUGGUGGAAAGGAGCCCUGAAGGGAAAAAUAGGUGUGUUCCCUUCCAAUUUUGUAAAGGAAAUAUCAUGGGAACCAAGUCCGUCAAUUCGGGUCUCAAAUAAUUUAGAAAAUGGAAAUGAAAGUAAACCUCCUAAGUUACCUGCUAAACCUAGUAAACAGUUAUGUGAAGCCACCUUCCCCUAUAAAGCACAGAAUGAGGAUGAAUUGUCAUUCCAAGAAGGUGAUUUAAUAACUAUAACAAACAAAGAAUGUCCGGAUCCAGGCUGGUGGCAUGGUGAAUUAAAUGGAAAAACUGGAGUAUUUCCAGACAAUUUUGUUGUACUUAUAGAUAAUAGAAAUAGUAAUAAAGAAGUUAGGAAGUCAAUUGGAGAUAAAGGUGCCAUAAAAUCCGUAUCAGUUGCUUCUCAACGAAAAUCCCUGGAACCGAAAAGGGAAUCAGUCGAUAGUAUUAGCCUUGAAUCUAACAAACCAGCACUAAUUUCGAAUAAGCCAUUUACGUCUGUGAAAAAAUCACCAUCGAAUUCCGGAUUAGGAUUUCUUUCAGAUUUAAAGAAAAAAAUCGAAGAUGUCGUCGAUGGUUCUAUCGGAAGCAAACACGUUAGUGUAACUGAGGAGACUUUCAAAAGUAAUGAUAAUGCUUUUGAUCACGUGGAACGAAGCUCUCUUUUGACUGACUUGAGGGCUACUAGGGCAAAAGCACCUGGUAGGAGACCUCCCACCACUUCGCAUAAAGAUGAAGUACCAUCUGAAGAAGGCGAGAAUACAAAUCCGAAUGUGCAACAUAGCGAAGAACAACCUGUCUAUUCAUCCGUUAAACCUCGUCUACGCGAAUGGGAAAAACACAAAGCACCUUGGCUCGAAGAAAUGAAAAAGAAUCAAGUUAAACGAACAUUGAUUUCUGCGCUCGAAGAAAAUUCAUCUGAAAUUGAAAGUAAUUUGAAAGUGGAAGCUCCAAAAGUACAUCAUGAAGCGAAGUCACCACACGAAUCAAAGUCACCUCAUGAAGCAAAGUCACCAUACGAAGCAAAGUCACCUCACGAAGCAAAAUUGCCACGUGAAGCGAAGUCGCCAAUCGAUUCCGACAAACUGAAUCAUGAACCUACAAAACAUUCCAUAGCAGAUAACGUAAAGGACAUUCCAGAGAGUAGAAACAGAACCUCUUACAGGGAGUCUCUUAGCAUUUCUCCGGCAGCUGAACCUAGACGCGAAAACUUUGCUUACGUUUUAGAACGGUUAGAUAGGCUGGAAGAAACUGUCCAGAAGCAGAACCAAACUAUAGAAGAGCUACAAAACAAGCUUCAACUAGAAAUAGAUUUAAGAAUAUUCCUUCAGGAAAAGUUACAUAAAUUACACGCUUAAUAUCUAAUUUGAAUUUCCUAGGAGGCUGAAAUGGUUGGAAUUCUGAAGCUUUGUCAACAAUAAAAAUCAUCGAGAACGUGAGAUAAGGUUGUUAAUAAUUAACUUUGACGUACUUCAGUUUAUCCAUAAGAAAAAGACUGCAGUACAUCAUGGAGUAUUUUUAGUAAAAUCUACUUUGAAAGAAACAAUAAUUAAAAACUCAUAAAGAUUUUCUUGCCGAUAUUAAAAUGAAUUAUUUUUCUCCUAUUUCUACUUUUAGGAAUUCAUUUUUCGUUUUAUUAGUACUUGCUACAUUUCUAAUUUAAGUCUAUACUUUUAUUUCUUUAAAGCAUGAAACAAUUUAUAAAAAAGUACACCUUUAAAAAAUUAUUUUUUUUUGUCGGCGGCUUCUUAAUAUUCUUUUUUACUAUCUAUUAAGUGUAAAUUAUUUAUUUUUUCGUGUUGUUUUUUUAUAUUGUACGUUUUUAUUAUACUUUGUUUAUUAAACUUGUUAAAUUACAUUUAUAUUGCUAUUACAUAAUUUAUAUAUUUGUUUAAAAAAUUUAAAAAUACAAUAAUUACAUUUAGAAUUACAUUAAUAAUUGAAAAAUUCAAUGGGGAAUGAAAAGAAAAUAUAAAUAGUGACAAAUAUCGAAAAUAUGUGACAAAAGAAUAUCAUCGAAUUUUUUUCUCUUAAAAAAAUAAUAACGUUAUGAUUAUUUUUUAGGAUUUCAUCAGUUCUGUUCAAAAAUUGUACUUAAAAAAAUCGCUUCUGUACUUUUCUCUCAGAUAAGGGGAAAUCAGGGAGAUUUCAGAAUAGUUCGUAUUACUCUCAUGGACGUUGUAUUUGUAUCAGAGUAUUCUUCACUUAUGAUCUACACAACAGAACUGUUUUUACUAUAGCUUUCAUUUUGUUUCAAAGCAAGAGUAUUUACGAUCAUUUUCUCUUUGCUAUGUCCUUUAGAUAUAAUUCAAUAUCGGUCAGAGCACAUAGCUAGGUGAUUAGUGGUUUUCUGGAGAGUACCAGUCGCUUGUAUUACUUUAUUUCUUUAAACAGAAAACAUACUUUAUAGUUAUGUAUUUCUUUAAAUAGAAACAAAAGUUUUAUCGACCUAGAAAAACCAUUUGACCUACUCAAAAGAGAAGAAGGGGGUUAAAAGUGAUUGUUUUACCAAAGCCUAAAGCGAGGGUGAGGCCUAAAUAUUCUAAACUUUGUUGUACAUUUUUGAAGCUCUAUUACUGCCAGCUUCUUUCUGUUGCUAAUUUACUAUCAAAAAGAAAGCGAACCAUUUCCAUUUUAUUUAUGGUUUGCUGACAGUCGUUUGUGUCUGCGAUGUUUUCAGUCUGGAUGCUAGAAGUCGUCUGUAUCUCAUAACGUUAAUAUUCUUAACAGAAUGUGAGCGAAGAGAAAUAUUUUUCGUACCAUAUUAUUUAAAGAACGAUAGACUUUUAUAUAUCUGGUCCUUAAAGGUAAAUAAUCGUAACUCUAGUUUUGUUAAUGCAUUGACUAAAAUACCUGAAGCUUAUAUUUUUAAGGGGUAGAACAUCGCAUCUCUAUUAUUACUAUAGUUCUAUUCAUAUAGUACGUUUAGAAAAAAUAGUAUAUACAUUUUUUAAAAAAGGUUGAAAGUCGUAUUUCCAACGUUGGGGCUCAUUUUCUCCAAAUAAAAGAUUCUUUACCUCUUUGAUACAGAUAUAGGAUUCUCAGUGUUGCAAUCUCUAUGCUCUGUGGUUUAAAUAAACUUGAAAAUUAUUCUAUUUUAGAAUUCUGUUUAUAAAAAUGAUCUAAGUGAUGUAUUUGUUCAUUGGUUUGGAAUAUUAUUUGAGUGCAUUAUAUAUCUAAGGUAAAAUUAUUUAUGUGUCAUAAAGGAACCUCAUAAUUAAUACUAGAGGAAUAAAGGGAAAUACGCUGUCUACCGCAAUAUCAUCUUUGGGAUGUCGUUGUAGAUUAGAUAACAAAAAAGCCAUAAAGCAUUUGAAAAUCAAACAGUUCCACAGUGUUCGACAGUCUCUGCCUAUAGGGUCUCAGUAUUGCAUUCGUGCCGACGAGAAAAUUUUCUUAUUUCUUUUUUUAACAUUUUUCUCCACGUUUCCAAUCACCCUGAGUUCGCAAACGUAAAUCUCAUCUAAAAAAUGUCACUUCUACUAGUCUGUGUGGUUUUCACUUUACUUGAACAUUUCUACCGGCCUUGAUUUUCGCUACAAGAGACAAUACAGAUUAGGCACGGGUACAUACUGAUUUCACUAGAUUGUCAAACCUCAGACAUUUUUUCUAUAAUGCUGUAAUUCUUAAAUAUCUAAUGAUUUAAUUUCUUUUUUUAAUGUCUUAAAGGAUAUUUAUUUGUAUAUUUAACGUGACAUCGUGGGGCCUCGGUCCGUAUAAGGUGGGAACAGAGAUAACAGUAGAUGUAACUACAAAUAAAUGUCAUGCUGUGAAUAAAACAUUCUAAGGGACGAAGGAGGGUAUAGAUGUGGCAACAGGGCUUGCAUUUUGUACGUUGUUUAUUAAUGGCUUACACAUUAAUUGAUAUGUUAAUUGUUUUGCAGGGCCGUCAAAUCCUUGAGUUUAUCCCUUCCCUUAUCUCACACCACAUGUCUCUUCACUCCUAAUCUAUAACUGGACCGGAACGACUGUCGGCGUCGCGAAUAUUAUAUUUUAUUUAUUUAUUAUAUUAUAUGGGUGGAACCACUAGUUUAGCAGCGUCCCCCAAAUAAUUAAAGAUUUUGAUAGUCUCGGAUGUGUUAGCAAUUGCUGAAAAUGUUAGGAGAUUGGUAAAAACAAAGACGAUUGGAGUAAGAUCGGGAUAAUCGGGAAUUAGAUUGUGAAGCAAAGUUAAUACUUAACACCUUGAUCCAAGCAAUUUGCUCAAUAUCAAUUAUAUGAUACCAAAUGCUAAUUGAUAUUGGGUAAAUUAAAUACUAGUGAUCGCCCAGUGGUCAAUAUUCAAGAGUAAUGUGCCAAGACCUUGAUGUGUAUUCAGCUAUUUUUGUUGCGUCUAAAUCUCGAGAACAUUUUGAUAUCAAUUGAAACCCUUGGUGUAAAAAGGAUGCAAGCCACAAUUAACAAGUAACUGUUUUAGCUCAAAACAUUAAUAAGGAUCUAGCCACAUACAUUACCUCUAUUUCGAAUUAGAGGCACUAUUUUUUAGUAAUAUUUAUAUUUAAUUUUUUUUAAAUUUGUAUUUGACAGAUUUAAAACAAAUUUAAAACUCUUGUUUUCUCAAAACUUACAAUGUUAGCUGUAUCCUUAUUACGCAAAGGUCUUCAAUUGAUGAAUGCCAAAAUUAUGACGAAUCCGGUUUUUGAAAAUACGAGAAAAUGUCAAAUCCUCCCCCCCCCCAAAACAAUAAAAAUUAUCUUUUUCAAAUUAAACUCCCUGUAUUUUAUUUUUGAAUUCUACUAAAAAAUAAUUUUUGUCUAAAACAUCUUAUGUAUAAAUUCAUUUGUUUCAAGCUUUUUCGCACUUUGUAGCACUCACACGGUUGAAAUUGAGGUAAAACGGUUUACAUGCCCCUCACAAACAGAAGAGAAAAUGUUACAUGACUAUUUUAUCUUUAACUAUUAAGGUGCGGAAAAAAUGCUAUCACAUUCCUGGGGCUUAAAUAUGACGAUCUAACCCAAAUUACCGCAGUCCCAAAGUUGAUGAUUUGGAAAAUACAUAGUAUUUUUUCAUAAAUAAUUUUUUUAAAUUUUUUAAACAUUUGAAAAUUCUGAAAAAAUCUCAAAAAUCCCCUUACGAAUUAUUAAGACCAUCCCGGGCCCCAAAUGUGAAAACAAAUAUUUUUAGAUUUAAAAAAAAAUUAUUUGUAGAUUUAAAAAAAAACCUGUCAUUGGUGGGAGUCGAAACAUUGUAGAUGGUAAUUCUAGCCAGACAACAUUCAGGUUCUCAAAUCCACAAAUACCUCCAAUUUUUUUUUACAUUUGGGGUCCGGGGAUGGUCUUAAUGAUUCGUAAGGCGAUUUUUGAGAUUUGUUUCCGAAUUUUCAAAUUUAUUUAAAAACCUAUAUUCAGAUAAUUCUGACCUUUCGGAUUUCGAUUUGCGAUCUACGAUAUGUUAAAUUCACAAUUUUCAAUUUUUUUAAUAAUUAGUGUAUUUUCACAAUAUUUGGCUAGGGGGGUUUUGUGGGGUUAAAAAUUAAAAGCUGCUCUUUAAAGGGCGCUACCUGCGGUACCUUACACACCUUUAAAACGAAAUAACUUUUUUGAGCCACUCUGUAUUUAACUUUUAAAUAAAAAUUAUUGUUCUCCAACGUUUUUUGAGCAGCCGUUUUGGCUCAAAAAAGUUAUUCUGUUUUAAAUGUGUGCAAGGUACCGCAGGUGCCCUUUAAAUUUUACAAUAAAAAUGAGAGUAGUUUUUAAUUUUUCACCCAACAAAACCCCCUUAACCAAAUAUUGUGAAAAUACAGCAAUUAUUAAAAAAAAUUAUGAAAAACUGAAAGCAAAUUCAACUUUUAACACUCUGUAUUUCCGUCAACUUUUGGACUGAGGUAAGUUGGGUUAGAUUGCCAUAUUUAAGCAUCGGGAAUAUUUUUUAGAGUGAAAGCCAUCAUCAAGUCCUUCAUCGGAGAGAAACAUCCACAGAACGAAAAACGACAAAAGCAUUUAAACAGACUUACAUAUUAAAAUAAGCAUUGAUCCAAAAGAAAGUCUUUUGUGUUGAAUUAAUAAAAUUAAAAUUACACUUAAUUUCUUUUUUAUACAAUAAAAUGGACAUCUCGUCGUGUCUUUAGCGGGCGAUGAGAUGUUUUUGUCAAAUAAAUUUUGUUUAAAUUCUAGGAAUAAGAUCAAAGAUUUUAUUUUGGAACAAAUAAUGCUAAACAUUUUAUUUUAGAAAUUCUCCAUCACUGAUUUAUGAUGUUAUAUUGGGCUUUAUCUCUUGGGUCAUAAACAUUUUGAUAUCAUUCAUUUUCAAAUAAACUAUAAAUAUUAAACGUAAUAAUUGUACAGACAGAGGUAAGUACUCGUCCAUUUAAUUUACUGUCUUAAUUUCUAGUCUUUUAUUUAUUAUUAUUGACGAUUAAUAUAAUCGGAAAUAUUUAAGAAACGUCGGUCAUUCUGAAAGCUUCCAUAGUUUUCUUUGCCAUGUUCCCAAUUCUCUUGGUUUUUACUGUAAGACACUGGUAUGACGAUAUUAACAUAUGAUAAAAAAAUGUUUCUAAAGUAGAUUGUGAUAAAGACACGAAUACUAGUCAUGUCGUAAUGAUUACAAAUCAAACUGUCAUUCAAAAAAGAAAAAUAAUUAUAUAAACACCUACAUGCGCGAUUUUGAAACAUUUUUUUUAUCACUAUAUAUUUAUUUAUCGGCAAGAAAAGCUUAAAGAGCUAAGAUUUUUUUUAAUGUUUUAGUAAAUAUAUUUUUACUUUACAAUAUUUGCUGCUCUUUGCUGAAUAUCACCUUUUCAGGAGUGGUGAAAAAACAAUUGUGAACAUUUGAUUAGAGAAUUCAAGAUGAGUAAAUAUAAUAUUUUGCAUUUACUUUAUUCAUUUACAUGCUUUUUAUAAUAUUUGUCCAAUAUUUUUAAUUUAUCUCGUGAUUUGUUUUCGAAUAAUUUUUGAAAUAAAACAACAGCCAAUUUUAUCAGGAAUGAAAAACUAUCUAGUCAAAAAGUUACUGAGAAACUAGUUUUACAUUAUUUACUUAAAAAAGUUCAAAUUGAAAUUAGGAAAAAAAUCUCGAUAAAAGUAACUUCAUAUUAUUUUACAUUUACUAAAAUUGGAUGAAUUCAUAUUUUUUUGUACUUAAGCACGAUUGUAUACAAAAAUAAAGUUAUUUAAAUGAGAAAAACCAAACUGUAGAUUUUCACACACAUUUAUUUAAAAAAUUAAAAAUUCUUCAUGACAAUUCGAAGUACAACUUCUUCAAAUAUGACUUAUUUACAUUUCGGUGUCUAAUAUACAGGGUGUCCCAUUAGUGCGUAAUUGUUCAAUAUUUCAAUUUGAGUUAUUAACACGUAAACAAAGUUAUAAAGAUUUAAAAAUAGGUAUUUUAAAAAUUUUUGGUUAUGAAGUCAAUUAAAAUUGUUUGACGAUGUGAAAACAAUCAAAUAUAUAUAACUAACUGCAGGGUGUUUUGCUUUAAAAAAGUAUAUAUUUAGUCAGCAAUUCGUUUAUGGACCACCCUGUAUAUUUAAGAAUAAUUGUUAAAUAUAGUCAUACAACUUUUAUAUUAAAAAUUUCUUCGUAUUUCUAAUAAUAAAACAGCUAUCGGUCAAUUACGCACUGAUGGGACACCCUGUAUAUGUGUUAUUGGCUAACAUAUUAUUAUGGUUGUAUAGACAAAUUUAUAAGGAAUUUUAUGCUAAGAUAAUAUACAGGGUGUUGUAUUUGAGUAAAUUGAACAAAAUUAGGCAUAUUUAAGACUCAAAACACUCUUUAUAAAAUAAACCAGUUCUAUUACCACUAUUCGUUAACUUAAUAUCUUAUAAGUCUGUACAUUAAACCAUUUUGGAAUCAAUAUCAAAUUAUGAUUAUUUAAUUUAGAAUGUGCAUCAUUCUCUAAUUUCAAAAAACAUUCUAGGGUUGAAUACAGUAUUACCAAACCAUUCUAAAAAUAAAAUAUUUAAAAAACAUAAAUUUUAAAUAUGAUAGGUAAAAACGUAAACAUCCAAAAAUAUUUUUAAAAUAUGUAAUUUUCAAGUCCAUAUAACUUAUUUGCGUGUCUAUAACACAAAUUGACAUAUUAAACAAUUACGCACUAAUGAGACAUUCUGUAUUACAAAGUAAACUAACCAAUAAAGUCGCUACCGGGAUUGUAUUACAGAAACCUAAGAAGAGGUAGAGAUUUAAUAAAGGUAAUUUAAUAGGUUAUCUGGAUUUUUAAAUUUAUUUAUUUCAAAUGUCUCUAAAUGGUUUAAUGUAAUGCCCCUAUUCUGCAUAUGUAAAACAUCAAAAUUUUCUAUUAAUUACUUUCAGCUAAAAUAUCCUUUUAAAAAGAGAAUUAUUUAUGUUUUUAAUAUAACUAUUGUAAUGUUCUGAAUAGCUUUUUUUUUAAGUACGGCCCGGUUGACCAAUAUAUAAUUUUGGGACGUCUUCUCACUUGCGGUUGUGCCAUUUGCGGUCAAUCAAUGUGAUAAAAUGCAAAUAAUGACAGGGGUGAUCUCACUUGUGGUCAAGAAAAUAACUAUAAAUCGGCAAUUCCAAGCUAGUUUUCUUUAUUGCGUGAAUACUGUCAAUAUCUAAAAUUAAUUCCCUAAUAGCUUCAACUGUCCUCAAAGGACCCGUGUACUUGGCGAACAAUCGUUACUUGCGAAUACCUGCCAUGUCGUGUGAGUGGGUUACUUGUACAAUUAUUUGUCACUCGUUGGUUUUGCAUUUGUGGUCGGUAAAAAUGGCCCGAGUCAAAGGGAUCACGAAUAUUCGUACACUUGCCAAGUACAUACUUGUCAAAUAAACAAUUAUUUGCGUAAAUUGUACACGCCGUGUGAGCGCCCUGCUGCUUGCCAUCGCAAUUCGCAAAGAUCCUAUACUUGCCAAGAACGCAAAUAAUUGCGUAUUUGCCAAGUACACGAGUCGUUUGAGCCCGGCUUAUCAUUUAAAAUUUAAUCGUUAAGUACAUCAUUCUAAAAAAAAUAAUAGUACCUACUUUAUCUAUGUAAAUGGUAAUACUCAUACCUUUAAUGGCCUUAAUCAUUAAAUAGGUAAAUACCUAAUCCCUCUGUACCUAUAUCUAAGGGUUUUUCAUACAGAAAGAAUAAGUCAUUAAGAUUAUUAUUUUAUGGUUAUCAUCGCUGGUGUUGAAUAAUCUGAUUUGGUUAGAUAUAUUAUGAUUUGAUUCUGGUUAUCUCUCGAUUUUCGUAAUUUUUUGAUAUGCAAUUGUUGAGACCAAGGGAAACCACUUUUGGUGUUGGUUAUACAGGGUGUGCUCGAAAAAUUCACCUGAUAAUUUAUUGCAUUGGAUUUUAUUUUUGCAAACAUAGGCAAUUAAAUAUUGACAUUAAAUGGUUAAUAGUUUUCAUUUUGUUUUAAUCAAUUAGAAAAUUCCCUAGGUUGCAAUUUGUAUUUGUUAAGUAUCCCAAAAUAUAAAUAACAAUUUCCGGACUUAUUUCACUACAGCAUAAAGAUGUUACAAAAAGAUAUUAAUAAGAUUUUUAAUUAAAAUUAAGGAAAUGUGUGUGGGAUGUACUUAUUAAAUGUUUUGUAAAUGAAUUAUCUCGGCAUGUUUGUUUGGUAAUAAUAUAGUAACAGAGAGCCUCAUAAACAAUAUUAUUCCGAAAAAUAUAGGUCUAGGGUAGUGUUGAAACACUAGUCUAGAUUAGACUGAAGUCUAAUCUAGACAUUUAUAAAUUGUUAAUUGAUUAAAAUAAAAUGAAAUAACCAUUAACCAUUUAAUGUCAGUAUUUAUUUACAUAAGUACGUUUGCAAAAAUAAAAUUCAGUGCAUUAAAUUCCCAGGUCAAUUUUUAGAGUUUAGCUCAAUGUUCUAUUCAAAAGAUGUUUAUCUUUGUCUCAAGAAUGACAUAUCACUAAAAUCGAAUAAUUUCCAGGAUGAAAUGCAUUAUAUUCAGGUCAGUUUUUUGUAUAGCUGCAAAGAAAUGUUCCAUUUAAAAGUUGCUUCUUCUGAUCCCAAAAUCAACACAUUAUAAAAUUAAGGAAAUCGUUCGAAACCCAGGAUACCAUACAUUAAGUACCAUGUGCUUUUACGAUUAUUUUGUCACGUAGUGGCUAGAACACUAAAGUAUCACCAAAGAAAUGUGGAACUGUUAUGGUAAGAAACACAGAACGAACAACGCCGUAGAAGGUUGGAAUAAUCGAUUAAAUAAAUAAAGAAAGCACAUCCCAAUAUUUACGCUUUUGUUUCACGACUUAAAGAAAAGGCCGAAUAUAAUGAUUUAUUGACCAGACAAGAACUUAAUCUGGAGUGCAAGAAGAGAAAACGUGCAUACGUAAAAAUAGAUCAACGAAUUAUAAAUAUCCUGGAGAAUUACAAUGUCACAAGAGAUUUAAACAAAUGUCUAAAAUGCUUAGCUUAUGUUCAAAAACUUGUUUAAAUAAUUAGAUAUGUAGGUAAAACAUUAUAACUUGUAUAAUAAAAACCGAAUAAACUUUAUGUGUAUUUUAAAUAACUUAUUAGAAAUUAUCAAAUUUUCUUUGACCGCAAGUGGGGUCGCUCCUAACAUUAUUUUUUUUUCGAUAAUAUCGAUUGACCGCAAGUGGAACGAUAAUUUUUCUGACCGCAAAUGGCACGACCGCAACUGGCACUAUAUCAAUUUUGGAUAACUACCACAAUUUAAUAUAUUUACUCUUAUUGUUUUUAAUAUACUUCCAAAGCGUAUUAUUGAUUUUGAAAGCUACGCUAAUAUUUUGGUUUUUUAAGUAUGAUAUCUUCAUUGGAGGCUUCCUAUAUAUGUGUGAGUUUUGAAGGUACAAUUUUGAUUUCUAAUUAUGGGAUAAACUUGUUGAAUACCAUGUUUAAAAGCCUUUUAAAAAAAUACAAACGAAAAAUAGUGCAUAAUAAAAUUAUUACUAGAAUUUAAAAUAAAAAAAAAAACACUUUAAAGCAGAAUCAAAAAUUCAUUAAUAUUCGGUGUGUCCUUCAUUGUUCUGUAGUAAGGUAUUAACUCGCCUGUGCAUAGAAACAGUAAGGGUGUUAAUGUAAUCCAUUGGGAUGUUGUUCCAGGAGAAUUAAUUCUGUUUGAGAUUGCUCGUCCAACAAAAUCCCACAUGUGCUCAAUGGGAUUCAUAAUGGGAUUCAGAAGAUAAAUAAUGGGUUCAAUAAUGUUUCGAACAUAUCUAUAAGCUGUCAUACUAUCUGAAAUGGGAAUAAGCUGCGUACGACGACCAUGCAGUAUGCCUCCCCAAAACAUUACUGUUUCUUCUUGGUAUGGAACGACUUCUCUGGUAAAAGAUAGUCUUUCUGGUCCCCUGGCCCUCUCCAAACUCUGUGUCGCCAUCUAUCACUAAUUAAACCAUAUCUGGUUUCGUCCGAAAAAAGAACAUUUCGCCACUGAGCUAAAAGCCAGUAUAUGUGUUCCUGUGCCCACAGUAGACGAGCAGCUAUAUGUCUGGGAAAUAACCUGGGUACUCUUAAUGGUCUCCUAGAUCGUAAAUUGGCUCCAGCAAGUCUCGCCGUAUUGUGGUACUGGUAAUGAAUCGACUAUACGUUCUUCUAUAAUGAGUUCAGACAGCUUAGACUGUUAUCGUUCGAUUCCGUUUUCUGGUAAAAACGCACUAUUCGGAUAACUGAAGCGCGGGGAAUCCCUAGUCUAUCUGCGAUUCGAUGAUUCGGCAGACCCUCAUCAUGCAAAGCCACUUUUCUUGCUGAACACUGAAAUUCUAUUGCCAGGCAUAGUUGCAAAGAAAAACUCAAUAAUCACUUAAACACGUAAAAUCGAUAUGAACCACUUUUUAAACAUUGGUACCUAAAAUUGUGGGAAAUUGUUUUUGUAAACAUUUUUAGAUGAGCAGUAUCAACGGUGAAAUAAAUAAAGAUUAAAUGUACAAAAAAGCAGCCAUGAUAAAUAUUUCGUUUUAGUAUUUACGAGGGGGGUCUAAGAAUUUUGACGAUGUGUGUAUAUUAGACAGUGAAAUGUAAAUUAGUCUCAUUUGAAGAAGUUGUGCUUCGAAACAAUUUUCAUGAAGAAAUUUUAUUUUAUAUUUUUAAAAUAAAAGUGUGUCUACCAAGUUUGGUUUUUCUCAUUUAAACUAUAUGGUUUUUCAUUAAGUAAAGGCCGAAACUAUCAAGAAUAUAGUUUUCUACUCGAACAUAAUGGUUAAUAUUUGCUAGGAUAACUCGAUCUUGGCCAGAGAUGUUAAAAAAUCUUAGAUUAAAGAGACCGCUAAGUAAAAAAUGUAAUACGCUUGUUUCGAAAACAAUUAGUAAAGUUAUGUUUCUAUAUUAGUUACUUUUCUGAUUGCUUUAUUAAUAAGCUUGAUUUGUUUAAACCAAAUUAACUAUUUUGAGAUGUGCCAAAAUAGUUAUUUUUCAGGUCGUUUUUUGUGUUAAUUAUUGUAUUCUAUUAAAAGAGAUUAUGGUAAUAUUUUGUUGUUAUUCUUAGUUUUGUAAAUUUUUGAAUUUUAUUUAAAAAGUUUUGAUAGAAUGAUCUUGUAUAUUACUGAUCAGACAAAUUACCAACUUUCUCACAUUGUACGGGUUUUACUACUAUAAAAUUUUAUCAAUUAUUAUAUUUUUAAUAAUAAGGUUUUAAUUAAUGUACGCAUUUUAAUUUCCAUAUAUUUUAAAAAAACCCUCCUGGUGAGUUUUAUCCAAAUAAAACAUAUUCUUUCUUGAGUUCUCUACUAAAUAAAUUUAAUAGUACCUACUAAUGACAGGUUUUUAUUGUUAUCAGAACUAGGGAAAACUACCCCAUUUUGGGUUGUGCUAAUUUAUUCUAAAAACCAAAUAAAUCCAAGAUGUAUUAAUAUUUUAAAAAUAUUUUUGUAUGCAGGCUGCUCUAUUUGUGUUGUAUAUUGUAUUUUUUAAUUGGGU